CGCGUAAUGUAGUCGACACACCGGCCAGUCUCAUUGGACGAGGCAGAUGCACGGGGCAUCUGUAGUUCUGUACCAGUUUAGUUUUAAUUCUAGCCAGCCAGCAGUGUCUUGGCAGAAUCGAUUAGAAAAAAAACAAUCGAAUUGGUGUCAUAGAAUUUGAAUUAAGAAUUCGUAGUUUUCUUUUUUCGUGACGUUGUGAAAAGUAGCGUGAAUGUGGCAGUUUCUGGCUCGAAAUAAGCAGGCGGCUGCCAUGGUGGGGGUGUUGCUGGUGGCCGCGGUCGUAGUGAUUGUUCUGAGCACCAGGGGCUCGGGGAAACCGGCUGAGGAGGCGGCCCCGGCGGAGCCCGAAGACAUCAGUGAAGACCCGUUUGAGUUUUCUUGUCAUAGCCUACCAUCGGAUGACCGCUUCAUGCCAUCCAUAGGAAAUGGCCACAUCGCUACCAACAUAUUCAGUGAUACCGUUUACAUGAAUGGUCUCUACAACGGAAAACACGGCGAGAGCAGAAGAGCCAGAAUCCCCGGCUAUGCCAACGUCAGGCUAAACUCCACCUUGACACAUCACCCUUACAGUCCAAUAUACAGCCUUGACACACGGGAUGGAGUAUUUAAGGUUAGGGUGGACAGGGAACGGUCUAUCGUCAGCCAGAAGAUCUACGCUCAUCGGUUUUAUACCCGCGCCAUUGUCAACCAAAUUGAAGUUAUUUCGAAACCUCAUGCUGACCCCAACUUCUCCCACCACGAGAUCUGGAUCGCGGUGAAGCUGAUGCCCGGGGCGGCCAGCGCGGACCUCGACCUGCAGGACCCUGUCGCUGAGAUCAUCCACGGACGGCAGGUGUGGUCCGCGUGCGGACAGACCAAGGAAUCAGAAGACCCAAUAUACCAGCCCACACCAGUAUCAGUAUGUGCGUACUGGACGUCAGUACCAGACCACCUGGUGGUGCCGCCGCACGGCUCCCGGGUCUUCACCUUCGCCAUGACCGCUGAUAAGAACAAGACCGUGGCUAGGACGGAGAUGGAGGAAGUGUUGCAGGCGGACGGCGCGGCGCUGUUCAGGAGCCACGUGGAGCACUGGCAUCGACUGUACCAGCAGGCCGGCAUGGAGAUUGAGGGGAACUUGGGAUUGUCGAAGAUAGUGAACGGCAUCUGGUACUACUUCCUGAGCUCGCUGCCUUCAGAGGAGUCUCACCAGCAGCAGGACCGGUUCUACGGACUCAACCCCACCGGCCUGGCCAGGGGAGGCUCAUUCGAUGAUUAUGAAGGCCACAACUUCUGGGACACGGAAAUCUGGAUGUUCCCGUCGCUGCUGCUGCUGUACCCUCACUACGGGCGCCUGCUGCUGCAGUACCGCCUCGACACGGCGCACGUGGCCGCCGACCUCGCGCGCCGCACCGGGGAUAAGGGGUACAGAUUCCCAUGGGAGAGCGCGUUCACGGGCAGCGAGGUGACGCAGCCGUGCUGCCCCGAGGUGGCGCAGUACGAGCAGCACGUCACGGGAUGCGUCUCCUUCGCGGCGCGGCAGUACCUGGCCGUGACUAGGGAUGAGGACUGGCUGAAGAAUGGAGGAUGUUCAUUGGUGACCAACAUAGCUGAUUUCUGGGCCUCCCGAGCCGUCAUAAACUACACGACUGGACUUUUCGAUAUCGCAAAUGUGAUGGGGCCAGACGAGGAUCACUUCAACAUCACUAACUCCGCGUUCACUAACGUUGUUGCCGGAUACUCACUAUAUUUAGCUCAGUACGUAUCCUGCCUCUGCAAAUCCUACUACCUGACAAAGAACCCGGACCACUGGGCGGACAUAGCGUGGAGCUUGGCCCUUCCCUACGACGAGACUUUGGACUACCAUCCCCAGUUCUCAGGGUACACACGACCGGAGAAGAUCAAGCAAGCUGAUGUAGUGUUACUGGGGUACCCACUGCAGUAUGCUAUGAAUGAAUCGACCCGUCGCAACGACCUGGAAUACUACUCGUCAGUGACCCGCGACUCCGGCCCCGCCAUGACGUGGAGCAUGCACGCGGUGGCGCUGCUUCAGCUCAAUGAGAGCGCUGAAGAAGCACUGCGGGCCAGCCAUGAGGGCUACGUGCGGGAGCCGUUCAAGGUCUGGAGCGAGCUCCGGCGCCCGGGCGUUGGUGCAGUCAACUUCCACACGGGCAUGGGCGGCUUGCUGCAGGCCCUCGCCUUCGGGUACGCGGGGCUGAGGGUGCACCUGGACCGCCUGGAGAUCAGGAAACCACAGCUGCCCCCGGGUAGUAGCGGGUUUAGGAUUAGAGGCAUAAAAUACCUCGGCGCCAACCUGACGCUGAGCAUCAGCGAGGAGCAGACGACCCUGGCGGUGGACGCGGCCGGCGACGCCUGGCCGCUGACCUUCGUGGGGGGCGGCCACAACGUCACCCGCCUGUCGCCGGGAAUGACUUUAACGCUGACUGGUGAAGGACCAUUCGUCAUUCGACCGUCGCCGUGGAAGGACUGCCGGUUGCCUCUAGACAUCAUCGGAAACAAUUACUUAAGACCUAUUGGCACGUAGAUCAAGUGAAAUGACAAAAGUUGACGUUAAUUUAUGAAUUAGAAACCAAAGU